GUCGAACGAACAGUGGUCCCCUCCCACAAUCGUGAAGAUCCCGUCGUUGCCCCCUUUUUUGUCACCAAUCACCCUUUGUGCAUCUCUUGGGUGUUUUCAUCCCUUCGACCAGCCUUAUCUAGUCUGCACGCUGUGGUGUGUUUGUUUCACUGACCAUCUCUGCCUCGCUACCACCGGAGACAUGGAGGCCUCCGUUGGGGUUCUGCAGUCAAGCUCUGUUUCCUCCUCAUCCUUCUAUGGAUCCCGGCUUCAUGCCAAGCCGUCUUCUCUGCCAACGCAAAGAAAUGGCGCUGGCGCUGUUUCAGUUCGUGCUGACAUGUGGAAGAAGCUUGGUGGACGAGGCCUGGUUAGGGAGGACGUUUUGAAGAGCGAUAAAGCCAACGAGGUUCUGUGGAACCAGCCAGCAAGACCCGCAAAGGACUCAGCGAAAGAGAAGCUGCCGAUCGACAAGGAACUCGACGGCUUUGACAAGGAGCUUGACGGCUUGACCGGCGGUUUUCCCGGUGGCGAGAAGGGGCUCGCUCAAUUCUUGAAAAACAACCCCUUGCCAGCGAAAUAUGCGAAGGUGUCGUCGGAGCUCGCGGAGGCACAGAGGCGGCUGUCCGAAGCCGCAGCUGCCGUCGCCUCCUCCGUUCCCAAGCCUCUUGCGCCACCGCUGCUGAUGCCCGGCAUGACUGUUCAGGUUACCAAUCCCAAGGAUCCCUACUACCAGUUUUCUGGCAUCGUCCAAAGACUGACUGAUGGGAAUGCCGCAGUGCUGUUCGAGGGUGGCAACUGGGACAAGCUGGUGACGUUCCGAGUGUCUGAACUGGAGAGGACGAAAAAGGGACCACCUGGCUCUAACCCUAAGUCCGCGUCCCUCCUGACAGACCCCGCUUUCCAGAAAUAGGUUAUGUAAGCACUACGCUCUGGCCAUUUUUGGAGGUUAUUGGACAACGAUAACGGAGUCCUCCCGUCGUGCUGAAACAAUGUGGAACUUGUAAAUUCUUUGCUUAGAGCUAGCGUGAGUUACAGUAAGUGCUUGGUCUUAUCAUAGAUGGCUCUGAAUCAGGAAACUUGGCUGCUCUGACUCUGAGAAAUGCCAGCAU